CCAGCCCAUGUCCUUCCCCAGUCCUGGAAGGACAGAAGGAACAAGGCUUAUACCCGCUUGGCUGAGGUGCCAUGGCCAGACUCUGCCUGAGCCUGCUGCUCCUGGUGGCCACUGUGACCUUUGUGUCCAGAGGUGUCCACACCUGGGGCAGAUCGAAGGUGGUGAGGAAUUUCCAAGACAUCCCGGAAACUUACGUCUAUGUGCGGCAGGCACUGUGGCAUGCCAUGAAAGAGUAUAACAAGGCCAGCAAAGACAAGUACACCUUCAAGGUGGUGAAGGUCCUGAAAUCCCAGGAGCAGGUCACAGACAGUUUGGACUACUUUCUUAAAGUCAAAAUUGCCCGAACAAUGUGCAAGAAAAUUUCAGGAGAAAAUGAAAACUGCUUGUUACAACAGGAUCCCCAAAUGAAAAAGAUGUGUCUUGAAAGAAGUUACUGUGGCGGAUGUCGAAAAGGGUCUGAUACUGAGAACAUGAUGCCUUUUUACUGUGUUGUCAGCCUCUUCUAG